AUGGCGCAUAACAAUAUUGUGGUGCUCGGGGCGGGUAUCAUCGGCUUGAACGUGGCCCUGGAGUUAUCGAAACGUGGCUAUGGACAGCAUAUCACAAUCAUGGCGGAACAUCUUCCAGGAGAUGAAUCGAUCGAUUACACAUCCCCUUGGGCUGGAGCGAAUUUCUCGGGCAUAUCGGGCAGCGAUGCCAAUGCGCUGCGCUGGGAUCAAUCCGGCUACUCGGCCAUGAUGAGCUUGAUUGAUGCUGGUGCGGAAGAGGCGAAGUAUCUGUGCAAAACAGAGUCAACAGAGUAUUGGGAUCAAGCCCCAUCGCAGGAUAAGAUCAACAGCAUGACUGAAUAUCUGCGCGAUAUAAGGCCUUACCAGUCAAUUCUUGUCAUAAUACCUCCAUCCGAUCUCCCUAAGGGGGUUGCCUUCGGUAUAAGAUUCACUACGGUCACACUCAACGCGCCCGCACAUUGCGAACAUUUGAAACAUCUCCUCUCCCAACCCCGGUAUGGAGGUGUAAAAUUUGUCCGCCGGAAGGUAUCAAGCUUACAGGAUGCCUUCCUGCAUGGAACGCAAAUUGUCUUCAACUGCGUAGGCAACGCAGCACUCAAUUUAGCGGGUGUUGCCGACUCGAAAUGUUAUCCAACGCGCGGUCAGAUUAUUCUUGUCAAGGCGCCAUCAGUGAAAGUCAAUGUUAUGCGGCAUGGCAAAGACUACGAGACAUAUAUCAUUCCGCGACCCCGCUCAGAUGGUACCGUGGUGUUAGGUGGCUACCUACAGCCAGGCGACCACUUUAGCCAGGCCCGACCUGUAGAGACUGAAUCUAUCCUGAGUCGUACAAUAGGUCUCCUGCGAAUUCUUGGAAAUGAAGAAACAGAGAUCAUUCGCGUUGCAGUGGGAUUGCGGCCAUCACGGCAGGGCGGUGCCCGAGUGGAGCUCGAGACCACACCGGAAGGUAACACUGUGGUGCACAACUAUGGCGCAGGAGGGACUGGGUUCCAGGCUGGGAUGGGAAUGGCCAAGGAUGCAGUUGAUUUGGCUUCGGGCAUCCUGGUCCAUCUUCAAGCCCAGAGUAAAUUAUGA